AUGUCCGAGCCACCACCAGCACCAGCACCAGCACCAGCACCAGCAGCUGCUGCGAUGCCGUCGAAACCACCACCGCCGGCGACAACGAGCUCCAAGCAGCAGCAGCCCAGUCCAGCCAUCCCCGUCGGCCUCAACGAAGCUGGACUCGACUCCCCCACUUUUCGCGCGACGGCCGCCUACUUCUCCGACCAGGUGGAGGCCAUUGAACGAUGGCUCGACGACUACACAAAAGCGACGUCCAAGGUGGCACGCGAGAUCCUCGCCCUCGAGGGACAACAUCAACCUCUGCCUCGCCAAGAGCUUCCCGCCCGCCGCUGCCGUCGAUGGCGUCAUCGACAACGACUACACGCUGCUCGCCCUGCGCCGAUCGAGCGAUGCAUCCGCGCCUGGUGGUCCCAGGUCAUCUCGACCAUGCGCAGGAUGGACGGCAUCAACGUCGACCCAUCGCGCCUUCCUGACAGGCGAGCUGCGAUGGCGCCCCACCUGCGCUUCUCCCUCGACAAGCUGCUCGUGCGCGUGAGCGCCGACAUGUGGAAGGAGCUGAAGCGCGCCCACGAGUCCGUCAUUGACAUGAUGAAGUGGGGCACCGAGAUGGACCGCAUCCGCGGCUGGUCCAAGGAGAUGGACGCCACCGAGUCCGUCUUCCGCCGCGAGCUCAUGCGCGUCCGCAGGGAGAUCAGCCACGGCGCCAAGGAGGCCACCAAGCCCUCGCGCGAGCUCGACGACUACAGCGCCUCGACCGUGCCCUACCUCGGCAGCCGCGGGCCCGUCAACGUGCAGGCCCAGGACCAGGCCGCCGUCAUCUCCGAGAAGCAGGGCUGGCUCUUCCUGCGCAGCGUCUACGGCAAACCCGCGCGCACCAACUGGGUGCGCCGCUGGUACUACUGCCGCGACGGCAUCUUCGGCUGGCUCAUCCAGGGCCCCCAAGGUGUUCUCCAGGGCGACGAGAUCGGCGUCCUCCUGUGCAGCGCCAAGCCGGCCGUGGCCGAGGACCGCCGCUUCUGCUUCGAGAUCAAGACGAAGAGCCAGACCAUGGUCCUGCAGGCCGAGACGCAGGGCGAGCUCACCGAGUGGCUCGAGGUGUUCGACGUGGCCAAGAGGAAGGCCUUUGACGCCAGCAUGGGCCGCGACAGCACGCCGCUCCCCUCGGGCAUCGACCCGGCCUUUCACAUCACGCCGCCUCCCGUUCCCGAAUUUUCGGCCAAGUCCCUCGAUGCCCAGCUCGCCGGCGACGAACCGCCCGCGGCUGCCCUCGACAGGGCAGGCACCCUACCCGUGCCCGGGCCCGACGGAAACCUGACGAGCCGCGCCAGCUUUGACGUCAACGCCGCUGGCGGGUCGCGCCGCUCCAUCACGGCGCUGGGGCGCGAUCUGGGGCGCGAGAUGAUGAUCCGUGAGGAGGGCGAGUCGAGCCGGGAACAUGCGGCAAGGGCUCAUCCAGAAGCUUGA